GGCGUACUGUAGGGCGGGCGGGGGGGCGGAGGAGGGCAGGCGACGGGGAAGGAUGUCGAUGCGCCGCCGGUGGUCGGUUUCGGGGGUUGACUCGCGCCGCGGGGGCGAUGAGCGCACUUCCCUACGCCCUGAGACUGACCUGCUGCCGUUCCUGGCUCCUGCUGAUCUGCCUCGUGUUCCUGGCCUCGAGCUGCAGCCGCGGCGCAAGCCACGAUCGCUUGACACCGCGACUCCUCCACGCAGGUGAUGACCUGCGCGGCUCCACCUACGGCAACAACAACAAUAAUCAUAACAACAACGACGACGACGACGACGAGAACGUCGACGCGUACGAUGAAGAGGAGGACUACCUCGAGGAGAACAUCACUGCGGCGAAAGGAAAGUACCUGGGCUCGCCGUGCGAUGUCUCGUGCAACCCGAAGCUGCUGCACGUGUUCUGCGACACGGUCACCGGUCUCUGCGAGUGCGAGAAAUUCUAUCCGGUUCGCCUCGGGUCCAGCAAAGGAUGUGCCAAACCCAAAAGACUCGGGGAGCAGUGCUUCUAUCGCGCGACUUGCACUUUUGCGGAUCAGCACUCGACCUGCACUCAAGUGCAGCACAAUGCUGUGUGCGACUGCGAGGAGGGCUACCAUAGGGUCUCCCUGUCCAGGCCUAACAAGAAGGUGUUCUGCGCCGAAGAUCUGGUGCUGAUAACUACGGAUAUUCCGACCCUGCUCUGCAUAGCAUCGGGAAUCGCUAUAUUCACGGCGAUGAUAUGCUUCGUGCUCAAGUUGUUCAGCCGCGCGAGAUACUCAAGACCGCGGCACUACGCCAACGCGAACCACGCGCCGCCCAUGCUGUUCUCCAGCGACACGGGUAUACCAUUGACGCUUCACACCGGCCGACCGUCCUCUCGAUCCAGCCAAAGGAGCAGCACAGGAGGACCGUUGACCUACGCGUUCACCAGACGACCCAGCAGCGGCGGCAGCCGUGGUCCCCCGGUGCCAGUGUCGAGAACAGGUGCGGCACGAGCCGCCGCCAUCUUGCUUAUAUCGUAUCACCUGCAGGCGACCGAAGGCGGGAACAAGCAUCGACGUACCCUUAGCGACGUUGCUGAGGGAUCGUCCGACGGCCUCGGUUCUCGUCGUCCUAGCUUAACCUCGGUUCACAGUUCAACGUCGUCGGCGCGUAGCUACAGCGCCCGGCGUUUGGAGAAGGAGAGGAACGAGAAGGAGCAACGGCAGGCGCUUCAAGAGCUCCGAUUAGCCAAGCAGAGGGAGCAGGAAAAGCAACAACAGCAAAAUCAAGUCGCACCCACCCCCAGCCCUAGGACGCCCCACUCAACCGACGAGCUUUUGCCCUCUGUCGAGGAAGGGAAAGAGGUCUUCUAUAACGAGCAGGUUCCAACGACAUCAGACAUCACCGAAGAAACACCGGUGAAGACGAUGACGACCGCCAUUACGGGCAACGUAAACGCGGGCAGGUUCGUCGAAAUGGCGGCGGCCACCACGCCGACGAGCUCCAUUUUCGAGACGAACAUCGCGCCGCGCGCCACCGGCGACAUUUUCCAAGUGUAGUCGCGAUUGAUCGACCGAAAAUGUGACCCAGGGGCGGGAACACGGCGGAAAAAUACAAUUCUAAAAGACCGAGCGUAAUAUCCUCGCCCGAAGUCCUCCGAAAGAAAGGACGACGACGAAGCGCUAACGAUGAUUGAGGGAACCGCGAGAAGGAUCGUUAAAGCUGUUUGUUCGAGCCAAGCGCGACGGCCUAGAAUUGUUUAUUCUAAAAGAUAUAUUUUUCAAUAACACCGGCUGCACUUAAAUCGGAAACGAGAAUGUUGGGUCGAUGCGAUCGGAGAUCGUGCGAUCGUUCGAUUGUGAAACGCGCGACAUUUGGCCAGUAACACCGGAAGACAGGGGACGAUAUUCGAAGAAUAAUUUAAACGUUCAAUCGCAUUGGAUUUUUCGGAACUUCCUUGCCUGGUGAACUCAAUUCAGACCGUAAUGAUCCUGUUUAAAUCGUUUAGUUCAUUAUAUAUCGUUCGCGAGUCGAUAUAAGAGAAUUUAUUGUAACAUUCGAAGACAAAGUGUUUCACGUAGUCGGAAUCGUUCAUUUUUUAGCGACAAUAAUCUUCGCUUUACGGGCAAGGAUCGAAGAUCGAAGGAUAUCCUAAGGAUGAUUUCGUACAGCUUGAAUUUUUGAAACCUGCGCGAGCCGUUGAUUCAAGAUUAGAGUUCUCGAAGGGAAUCGAUGUCAGGCUGUACCGAUUUACAAGUUAAACUCCGUUUACCGUUUACUUACAUAUCAAAGAAAUAUCGAUUUUCCUUUCGGCGGACAGUAAUCGUUUGCAAGUGGAGGUUGGGUUGUAUUUUCAGUAGAUUCAUCAGCUCGAUGGCACAAUGAUCGACCUUCGACGAAUAUAAUUUUAAGUCGCGACUUUCUACAAUUCCUUAUUUCCUACGCAACUAUUCGACAGAACAAUUUAAUCUCACAUAUCAGCAACAGAUUGAAACGAUCGAAUCGAAGAGCACAAAUCGAUCCAGCAGGAGGAAUAACGAAGGGAGAGAAUAAUUCGUUGAAGCGCCUAUAUAAAAUGAAGAUGAUUCUAACGAUUCAAACGAUCGCGAAGGAGUAUGGAGAAUCGUGAUGCACAGUGGCAUUAAAAUAGAAAAAUAAAGAGGAUGCGGUGGGGAAAAGGAUUGAUCCGAACAUCGUUGUGGCAUGUAUUAAAGAAGAAUGCGCACCUGUAUCGAUACACAUUCCGUCUGACGCGAUGAUACCGACGCGUUCAAUCGUUUCGUUCGCUCGACACGGGACUCGCCGCGACAGAAAAGCAAUUGGCAGGGCAUUCUCGAGUGGGUCGAGGCUAAACAUACCUCUAAUCUUAGGUAAACUAUUAAAAAACCAAAACGAGACGGACGGAGUCAGAAUACUGUGCGGCUGCAACGACGCGCCGCGAACAAAAUGGCGGCGGGCAAUGGGCGUCCCGAGGAUCGUGCGAGAAUCAAAUCGCGUUUCCACUUCGUUUCGUUCAUUUCUCCAUUGAUUUGUCUCACGUACAAAUAUCAAGGACAUUCACAAAUGAAAACAACUGCCUAUUACGUUCAUUACUGCCCUUAUAAAUGACAAAAUUUACCGUUUCUUAGUUUUCCUUUACAAUAUAGCCAUUCAUCAGAUUCGAAGGAAACCUCGUUAGCCCUUUGCACUCGGAAGUUCUACAAAAAUAUUCAACAUUUUCCGAUGAGAUAUAGACGACAUUCUAACUAAUGUGAAAACACGCGUAAAUUAAAAACCAAAGCUAUUUUAUUUCAAUAUUCCACAUGUUGACGCAUUGUAUAAAGCUUAUUAUAUAUAAGACUUAAUAAUUCUUCUAUAUCGAGUCAAAUGGCGAGAGUCAUCUUCCUCCUGUAAAGGGUUAAUAGAUCAUUCGCAAGAUAUUAAUGGCAUUCUCGAGAAAGACUAACUGCCUCUUUAUUGUGUUCAUUGUUACCUUCGUAAAUUAUAAUAUCGGUUUCUUUGUGUCCCUUCGUGUCACAGAAUUGUUUGUCGAAUGUUCAAGAACUCAUUAUCCAAAUUACCAAAUGAAAUAUUUUGCUCGUGAACAGAGUACUGACGCGAGGAUUUCGAAGCUUUACGAGGCCGGGUCACGUAACGGCGGCCAUUUAAUUUCAGCCCCGCGAGUCUCUCGGGUCGCCCGGCGAAUCGUAGUGAUAAUGAAUCGUUAACAGAUGAAAUUAUACAUAUAUGUUAUAUACAAUAUACGCGUGUAAAAUACGUAAGAAGCGGCCACGCGCGACAGGCUGUGUCCACGUUUCACGAGCGUCGUGAAAGGAAACAUUCCUGUCUUGGGGGUCGAUGGAAACGCGUGCCGGCGUCCGGUGUUCGAAUAAUUACGCUGCCUUUCCCGAUUAAAUACACAAACAAAAGUGAAGAAGCGCACGGACGAGACGACAGUAGAAAGAAACGUUAAAAACCAUAAAAGAAAACGACAAAAAAAAGAAUAAAAAUAGUAGAAGAGAACGUCUCGAGAGAUUCGACGCGUUCCGUUCCGCGGUUCGAUCGUCUUUCGCUCGGGGACCGAUCGAUCGCGGCCGCGCCGGUCCGAACGAGCAAAUAUAAAACGAAGAAUUCUAUCGUCACAGCCCACAAUUAAAUAUUCUCCCGAACUAUUCGACUCGACCCGCCACGCCGCCAGAUUUCUAAAACAAAAAGAACAAAAAAAGGAGAACUGCGAACAAAGAGGUACACGAAACACCGAGGACAAACUCAAACGCAAGAUGACACGCAAGAAUUAUAAAAGAAACAAAAGAAAUGGUCGAUGUUCAGCGUUAUCGUUUUAUCCCAAUUUUAAAUGUUUACUGUAUGAUAACAUUGUAAUAUAGUCGUUGGGCAAAUAA